CCCUGCCACACUCAAGAUGGCGGCGAGGCCGUGGCGAGGCCCCGCAGAGGCGGUCCCAGCGCAUGCGCAGCGCGGAGUCCCGGCCCGGGACACAAGAUGGCGGCAGCGGCGCUGGGGAGGGCGAGGCGGAGGCGGCAAAACGGGCGGUCGAGCAGAACGUGUAGCCGCGUCCCCUCGAGUCCGCUCCGGGCAGCUGCUGAUACAAGGAGUUCCCUGGGCCCUGAUCCACUCCACUGCUGACCCACCCACCUGUGCUGAGCCUUCCUGCAGGCCUCCCCACUGCUUCUGUGGGACUGGAGGGUCCAUCCGCCCAGAGAAGAAAACCAUCUCAUGCUAGCGUUGCAGACCCCAGAGGGUCCCGUGUGGGUGCUAAGAUGGCCAAUGAGAAUCAUGGUAGCCCCCGGGAGGAAGCAUCCCUGCUGAGUCACUCCCCGGGCACCUCCAAUCAGAGCCAGCCCUGUUCUCCAAAGCCAGUCCGCCUGGUGCAGGACCUCCCAGAGGAGCUGGUGCAUGCGGGCUGGGAGAAGUGCUGGAGCCGGAGGGAGAAUCGUCCCUACUACUUCAACCGCUUCACCAACCAGUCCCUGUGGGAGAUGCCCGUGCUGGGCCAGCAUGACGUGAUUUCGGACCCUUUGGGGCUGAAUGCGACCCCACUGCCCCAAGAUUCAAGCUUGGUGGAAACCCCCCCGACUGAGAACAAGCCCAGAAAGCGGCAGCUCUCAGAAGAGCAGCCAAGCGGUAAUGGUGUGAAGAAGCCCAAGAUUGAAAUCCCUGUGACACCCACGGGUCAGUCAGUGCCGAGCUCCCCCAGUGUACCGGGAACUCCAACACUGAAGAUUUGGGGUACAUCUCCUGAAGAUAAACAGGCAGCUCUUCUGCGGCCCACUGAGGUCUACUGGGACCUGGACAUCCAGACCAAUGCGGUCAUCAAGCACCGGGGGCCUUCAGAGGUGCUGCCCCCGCACCCCGAGGUGGAGCUGCUCCGCUCACAGCUCAUCCUGAAGCUUCGGCAGCACUACCGGGAGCUGUGCCAGCAGCGUGAGGGCAUCGAGCCUCCUCGGGAAUCUUUCAACCGCUGGAUGCUGGAGCGCAAAGUGGUGGACAAAGGAUCGGACCCCCUGUUGCCAAGCAACUGUGAACCCAUCGUGUCACCUUCCAUGUUCCGUGAAAUCAUGAAUGACAUUCCCAUCAGGUUAUCCCGAAUCAAGUUCCGGGAGGAAGCCAAGCGCCUGUUGUUUAAAUAUGCAGAGGCCGCCAGGCGACUCAUCGAGUCCAGGAGUGCAUCCCCUGACAGCAGGAAAGUGGUCAAGUGGAAUGUGGAAGACACCUUCAGCUGGCUUCGGAAGGACCACUCAGCCUCCAAGGAGGAUUACAUGGAUCGCCUGGAGCACCUGCGGAAGCAGUGUGGUCCCCAUGUCUCAGCUGCGGCUAAGGACUCUGUGGAGGGCAUCUGCAGUAAGAUCUACCACAUCUCCCUGGAGUACGUCAAACGGAUCCGAGAGAAGCACCUUGCCAUCCUCAAGGAAAACAACAUCCCAGAGGAGGUGGAGGCCCCUGAGGUGGAGCCCCGCCUAGUGUACUGCUACCCAGUACGGCUGGCUGUGUCUGCACCCCCCAUGCCCAGCGUGGAGAUGCACAUAGAGAACAACGUGGUCUGUGUGCGUUAUAAAGGGGAGAUGGUCAAGGUCAGCCGCAACUACUUCAGCAAGCUGUGGCUCCUUUACCGCUACAGCUGCAUUGAUGACUCUGCCUUUGAGAGGUUCCUGCCCCGGGUCUGGUGUCUUCUCCGACGGUACCAGGGUGGUGUUGCUGCCCUGUCUGUCCCUAGCGAACAGAGCAGGGACCAUCUCUUCCACAUGGCUGCUUGGGGUGAGGGAGGCACCUAUUUCUCAUUGAGGAACGGGAUCCUGAUGGGACAUGGAAUGCUCACCCUUGUCCCCAGGCCCUGCCUAGACUUUGCCCCGCUGAGUGGCUCCUUUGAGGCCAACCCUCCGUUCUGCGAGGAGCUCAUGGACGCCAUGGUUUCUCACUUCGAGAAACUGCUCGAGGGCUCACUGGAGCCUCUGUCCUUCGUUGUGUUCAUCCCUGAGUGGCGGGAUCCGCCCACACCAGCGCUCACCCGCAUGGAGCAGAGCCGCUUCAAACGCCACCAGCUGGUCCUACCCGCCUUUGAGCAUGAGUACCGCAGUGGCUCUCAGCACAUCUGCAAGAAGGAGGAAAUGCACUACAAGGCCGUCCACAACACGGCCGUGCUUUUCCUACAGAAUGAUCCUGGCUUUGCCAAGUGGGGACCGACACCCGAGCGACUGCAGGAGCUGAGUGCUGCCUACCGGCAGUCAGGCCGUAGCCACAGCUCUGGCUCUUCCUCGUCCUCUGAAGCCAAGGACCGGGACUCUGGCCGCGAGCAGGGCCCUAGCCGCGAGCCUCACCCCACUUAACACAUCCUGCGGGGAGGAGGAGCCCCAGGGGUGCUGGUACGGACUGCUGGAACUUGGGCCUCUGGGGGCUGAGCAGACCCCAGGGCCCUCCCCCUGGGGUGGCAGCGGGCCCCCAGCUGCCACUGACAUAGGAAGAUUAUGACUCUGCCAGGGCUCCCCCUCCCUGCCCCUUUCCCCCAAUUCCCCACCUCAGACUCACUCCAAGUCCCCUGUAAAUAGACCCUGAUGCCUUCCCAGCCCCACCCCCUGCCCUGUUGCCACCUUGUUUCAUUUGUAAAAGGAAAUACAGAUACCCCUCCCAGAACGUGUGAGGUCAUGAGGGCGGAGAAGGCUGAGGUACCUGGAGCUACUCCUGGAACCACAUCACUCCACAGCCAGGCUCUCACAACUGGGGCCUUCAUACCCCAUCCUAGGGUCCUCACAGCUGGGUCCCUGGUAGCCUCUGCGUCCAGGACCCUGCAUGGUCUAGCUCCAGACUCCCACAGCUAGGCUUGCUUGGUGCCUUGGGGAACAGGGGACUGGUAUCUGUGCCAAGGCCCAAAAGCUAGACUCUUGCUGCCCUGGAGCCACCACAACAAUGAAUGGACAGCUGGGUGUGUUUCCUAGUAAAGGCUUAGAAGGAAGACAGCUUCAGAGCCACCACGGGCCUCAGUGCACACUUGCUGAGGACCUGGGUACGUGGUGCACAUGCUCCCUGGGGUGCAGGGAAAAAAAGAUCUGAAGGUGUGUGGUGGGGCUUUUGCUGCCAGCCACCUCAACUGCCAGGCCUCUGCACCAAGGUUCUGCGGUGCUGCUGGACAGGCAGGGCAGGUAUAUUGUGGAGCCAGGCAGCCC